GAUUUUGACUGGAGGUCUCUAUGUGAAGCACUGGGAGUCAUGACAGACGUGUGGUUGAUUUCUGUCCCUCUGGACAAGACCAGUUUAACCAGCGUAGAGAAACUCAAGCACACCAUUGCCAAAACCAACCUGGCCUCCUGCUGCAAGUUCUCCAUUCCAGAGCUCAAGGUGGGAAUACUGGACAGUCUGCUCAGCGUGUCAGAUGAUCUGUCCAGGCUAGACACACUGACUGAAAGCGUGAUUAAAAAAACGCAUCAUUGUAUGAGGGAGGUGAUGGAGCAGUCCAGUGACAAAGUGCUGGAAAAUGCCUUAGCCAAUGGAGUGGACCUGAUGAGCUACAUGACCAAGUUUCAGUGGGACAAAGCAAAGUAUCCUACGGCUCUGCCUCUCUCCAGCCUGGCAGACAUCAUUAACAAGGAAGUUUCCCAGAUGGAGAUGGAAUUAAAAUCCCGAACUAUGGCGUACAACAGUGUGAAAAUGAGCUUGCAAAGUCUUGACCACAAAGGACAUGGGACUUUGCAAACUCUCGGUCUGAAUAACAUAGUGAGGAAGGAAGACCUGGUGGUGUCAGAGUACCUCACCACUCUCCUGGUAGUGGUGACCAGAGGGAGCUACUUGAUGUGGGAGACGACCUAUGAAUCUUUGUCCGACUUUGUGGUUCCGCGGUCCAGCAGGAAGCUGUACGAGGACACAGAGGGAGGCCUCUUCUCAGUUACACUUUUCAAAAGAGCUGUGUGUGAAUUCAAAGCCAAAGCCCAGGAGAGCAAGUUCACCGUGCGCGAGUACAGCUUCGAUGUGGAGGCGAAGAAGCAGGAGGAGAUCAGGCAGCACCGUGCUCGCAAGGAGGAACAAUAUGGAGUCUUUGUGCGCUGGCUGAAGGUGAAUUUCAGUGAGAUCUUUGUUGCCUGGAUUCACUUGAAAGCAUUGAGGGUAUUUGUGGAAUCAGUCCUCAGGUAUGGAUUACCAGUGAACUAUCAGGCUCUUGUGCUGCACACGGAUAAGAAGCGUUCAAAGAAACUGAGAGAAAAACUCGCCUCGCUGUUCAUACAUUUGGACCCCACCGCCACUGCCAGCAAGACAGAUGUUAGCUGUGACAUCCCAGGACUCUGUCCGCAAGAGUACUUCUCCUAUAUCUGCUUCCAUGUCAAUACCAACCUGCUGGAGCUCAGCUAGCAGUCAGCAAAGA